ACACAAACAGUCAUUCGCAGAUGACCCUAUUGUAACAAACCAUGCUUUAAAAUGUAAACCACGGAGAAUUUUCCUCAAUAGUCCAGAAGUAACCUUCACUCUGAGCCUGGAUUAACCAUGAGAGAGCUUGUCAACAUUCCACUGUUACAGAUUCUCACCCUGGUUGCCUUCAGCGGGACUGAGAAACUUCCAAAAGCUCCUGUCAUCACCACACCUCUUGAAACCGUAGAUGCCUUAGUUGAAGAAGUGGCAACUUUCAUGUGUGCCGUGGAAUCCUACCCUCAGCCUGAGAUUUCUUGGACCAGAAAUAAAAUCCUCAUUAAGCUGUUUGACACCCGCUACAGCAUCCGGGAAAAUGGUCAGCUCCUCACCAUCUUGAGUGUGGAAGACAGUGAUGAUGGCAUCUAUUGCUGCAUAGCCAACAAUGGAGUGGGAGGAGCCGUGGAGAGCUGUGGUGCUCUUCAAGUGAAGAUGAAACCUAAAAUAACUCGCCCUCCCAUUAAUGUAAAAAUAAUAGAGGGAUUGAAAGCCGUUCUACCAUGCACGACAAUGGGCAAUCCCAAGCCAUCUGUCUCCUGGAUCAAAGGGGACAGUGCUCUCAGGGAAAAUUCCCGCAUUGCAGUUCUUGAAUCGGGGAGUUUAAGGAUCCAUAAUGUACAAAAGGAAGAUGCAGGACAGUACCGAUGUGUGGCAAAAAACAGCCUGGGCACAGCUUAUUCCAAACUGGUGAAGCUGGAAGUUGAGGUUUUUGCAAGAAUCCUGCGUGCUCCUGAGUCCCACAAUGUCACCUUUGGUUCCUUUGUAACCCUACGCUGCACAGCAAUAGGCAUUCCUGUCCCCACCAUCAGCUGGAUUGAAAACGGAAAUGCUGUUUCCUCAGGGUCCAUCCAGGAGAGUGUGAAAGACCGGGUGAUUGACUCAAGACUCCAGCUCUUUAUCACCAAGCCAGGACUCUACACAUGCAUAGCUACCAAUAAGCAUGGAGAGAAAUUCAGCACGGCAAAGGCAGCGGCCACUGUCAGUAUAGUAGAGUGGAGUAAAUCACAGAAAGACAGCAAAGGCUACUGCGCCCAGUACAGAGGGGAGGUGUGUGAUACAGUACUGGCAAAAGAUGCUCUUGUCUUUUUCAACACCUCCUAUUCGGACCCUGAGGAGGCCCAAGAGCUGCUGAUCCACACAGCGUGGAAUGAACUGAAGGCUGUGAGCCCUCUCUGCCGGCCAGCUGCUGAGGCCCUGAUGUGUAACCACCUCUUCAGAGAGUGCAGCCCUGGAAUGGUACCUACUCCCAUGCCCAUUUGCAGAGAAUACUGCUUGGCAGUAAAGGAGCUGUUCUGUGCAAAGGAAUGGCUGGCUAUGGAAGGAAAGACCCACAGAGGACUCUACAGCUCAGGGAUGCAUCUCGUCCCGGUGCCGGACUGCAGCAAGCUUCCCAGCAUGCACCGGGAUCCGAUGGCCUGCACAAGACUGCCAUAUUUAGAUUAUAAAAAAGAAAACAUAACAACAUUCCCAUCAAUAACGUCCUCCAAGCCAAGUGUGGACAUUCCAAAUAUGCCUUCCUCCACCUCUUCCUUGGCGGUCUCGCCUGCAUACUCCAUGACUGUCAUCAUCUCCAUCAUGUCCAGCUUUGCCAUGUUUGCUCUUCUUACCAUCGCUACUCUUUACUGCUGCCGAAGAAGGAAAGAGUGGAAAAAUAAGAAAAGAGAGUCAGCAGCGGUGACCCUCACCACACUGCCUUCCGAGCUCCUACUGGACAGACUCCAUCCCAACCCCAUGUACCAGAGGAUGCCGCUCCUUCUGAAUCCCAAGUUGCUCAGCCUGGAGUAUCCCAGGAAUAACAUUGAGUAUGUCAGAGACAUUGGAGAGGGAGCAUUUGGAAGGGUCUUUCAAGCAAGGGCUCCAGGCUUACUUCCUUACGAACCCUUCACUAUGGUAGCCGUGAAGAUGCUCAAGGAGGAGGCCUCAGCAGACAUGCAAGCUGACUUUCAGAGGGAGGCAGCCCUCAUGGCAGAGUUUGACAACCCCAACAUUGUGAAGCUCUUAGGUGUGUGUGCGGUAGGAAAGCCUAUGUGUCUGCUCUUUGAGUACAUGGCCUAUGGUGAUCUCAAUGAGUUCCUCCGAAGCAUGUCCCCUCACACUGUGUGCAGCCUCAGCCACAGUGACCUGUCCACGAAGGCUCGAAUGUCCAGCCCGGGUCCUCCACCCCUGUCCUGUGCAGAACAGCUCUGCAUUGCCAGGCAAGUGGCAGCCGGCAUGGCCUACCUGUCUGAGCGUAAGUUUGUCCACCGGGACUUAGCCACCAGAAACUGCCUGGUAGGGGAGAACAUGGUGGUGAAAAUUGCAGACUUUGGCCUCUCCAGGAACAUUUACUCUGCAGAUUACUACAAAGCUAAUGAAAACGACGCCAUCCCUAUCCGUUGGAUGCCACCAGAGUCCAUCUUCUACAACCGCUAUACCACAGAGUCAGAUGUGUGGGCCUAUGGUGUGGUCCUCUGGGAAAUCUUCUCCUAUGGCCUGCAGCCCUACUAUGGGAUGGCCCAUGAGGAGGUCAUUUACUAUGUGAGAGAUGGCAACAUCCUCUCCUGCCCCGAGAACUGCCCCUUGGAACUGUACAACCUCAUGCGCCUGUGUUGGAGCAAGCUGCCAGCAGACAGACCCAGCUUCUGCAGUAUCCACCGGAUCCUGCAGCGCAUGUGCGAGAGAGCAGAGGGAACUGUCGGGGUCUAG